CCAAACGCAGAAUCCAAAUCGCGAGUCACUGUACCGUUUUAUAAUGAGUGAACUAAACGUUCUCGUACAGUCGUCUAAUCAUGUUAUUUCAUUUUAGUUUUGAUUUGGCAAGUUAAAAACAAACUUCGCUUUACUUUAGUUGUAACGGAUUGGCUUGCUUGUUUAAAACGUAAAAACACAGCUGGGCCAUUUCACCUGCGGCUUGAGAAAUUUGAAAUUGGGCGAGUAGUCGACAGCAUGGGCUUUGUAUUCCCAGAUAGCACUUAUCCUGUAGCGAGUGGCGUUAUUUCAGCGCCGCAUGAAAAGCUUUAACAAUGGCUGAUGCAAGUCUACAUAAGUCACAUUAUACAAGGCUUUUCAAAAUACUAAAAAAUGCUUUCAGGCACUGCAUCAGGAAAUCCAAGGCCACACCUGGACACAGAUCUUCCUGAGCCUUAUGCUUUGCGGCCUGUGGAUUUAAAGCUAACGCAUGUGGACUGCAAUCUUGAAGAUACUCUAGUCCACUUCCAAGGUCAAUAUCUAACCAUCUGUGAAUUGGAUUACAAUAUAUUACAAGCAGAAAUACAGAACACACACAAAACCAAAGAGACUAUAGAAGUGGGGAGUUACUGUUUAGUAGAAGAUGUUUUCUCUGGCUGGUGGUGUAGAGGAAGGGUGCAAAACAAGUGCAACAAUUUAUUUGACGUUUUUCUGAUAGACCAUGGCAGCGUUUUGAAUGUUGACGCAAGCCAUCUGGCAUCUGCCCCUCAAGAGCUGUUCAUGCUUCCCCCUAAAAUUGUUUGUGGAUUUUUUGCAAAUAUUCUGCCUGUUGGAGAAACCUGGAAUUCUUUGACAAUGGACUAUUUUACUUCCUUAAUAGGACUGGAGAUCACGGGCUAUAUCCAAGCAGUGCUGUCACACAAAGUGUUAGUAUUAGAAGCUCCUGAUAUUAACAAAGAAAUCACAAGACUGGGAUUUGGGCGGCAUGCAGAUAAGGACACAUUCCUUCUCCUUGUUGAGAUGUUGACAGAAGUACAUCUGAAACAAAACAGCAAACCUGUUCAGGGCCUAUUAGUUGAAAAGCACAUUGAACAGGAAGUAUCUUUUACACCUUCAAGUGUCCAAUGCUUCCAAAGUAUCCUGUCAUCCUGUGGCCCCAAAGUGUGUAUUGGGAAAACGGAAAGAGGUAAAAUAACAGCAGGAAUAAACCCCAGAACAUUUUUCUGUCAGUUAAUGAGCAUGGAAAAGGAUCUUAGAGAAAUGACUGAAAGCUUGUCAUCGUCUUGUGAUAUGUCCAGCGAGCUUUCCCAGAAGCAUAUUGGAAACAUGGGGGUGCUGUGUUCUGUUAAAUGGAAAGAUGAAAAGUGGCACAGAGGCUUUGUGCAACAGUUCCUUUCUAAUGGCCAAGUAAGAGUUCUGUUUGUUGAUUAUGGUUUUUCUGAUUCUGUAAAAGUGGAGCACAUCCUUCAGCUGGAUUCAGUUUUUCUAUCUACAGCAGUUAUGGCUUUCCCAUGUGCCUUAUCCUGUGUGAAUGGACAUGACGAAACGGAACAGAGACUGCAGCUGAAAAAAUUUAAGAAAGGGCUUUUAGGGAGAACUUUAGAUAUUCAAAUAGAUAGCUUUUGCGCUGAACAGAAUUUGUACUUUGUUACUCUGUAUAGUACUGAAGUUGAUACAGAUCUGGACUCUUGUGAAAAUGCAAGUAAAAUUCCAUCUGAUGCCAGAAAAGGUGACGAAUCCACCAGUUUUUACAGAAUGGACCACAUUUCUUCUGAAAAUGGUUCUUUGCCACAGGAUGGAAACUGCACAGAUGGAAAAGAAACACAGGAAGGUACUGUUCCUGUCAAAGAAAUACAGGAGACUUCAGACUUUGUAGGUUAUACUGAACACAUUGUGAACCCAUCUAACUUCUGGAUGAGAACAGAAGUGCGAAAUGGUGUUUUUGAAGAUAUGAUGGACAAACUGACAGAAUAUGUCAACAAUUUAGAGUUACAUGAAGGUAUCAUGAUUGAUCCAGAGCCUGGCUUUCUUUGCUGUGCCAUGUAUGAAAAGGAUAUGCAUUAUUACAGAGCUGUCAUAACUGAUGUUUUUGACAGUGGAGCAGAAGUGUUUUUUAUUGAUUUUGGAAACACUGAAAAGGUUCCAGGCAUGUGCAUUAAAACACUGCCUUCUACAUUUGCAGCUGAGCCUGCAUUUGCAAUUCAUUGCUCCCUUGCUCACGUAGUUCCUGUGGAAGAUGUAUGGACAAGUACUGCAACAGAUUACUUCAGGAAAGUAGUCAGUAAUAAAGUUCUCUUAGCGAGUGUUGUUCAAAAGAGGACUGAUAAAUACAUUGUGGACUUGCAUGAGAAAAGGGACAUCACCAAUAUUAGCAUUGCUAUGCUUAUGAUUACAGCUAAACUGGCUGAAUACUGGGAGUGCAUGUCCAAAGAUUAUGAACAAAGCUUAGCCAGAGCGUACUGGGAAAAACAGAAAACGGAAAAGCAGAAGAACCGUAGUACACUUCCAAAGAGUGUGUCAAAUCAUUUUAACCAAAAAUCUUCCAGUGAUCAGAGAGUAGGAACAGGAAAGUAUUUUGGAAUGCACAAAGACGACACUUCAGGAAUUGUUAGACUAAAUGCCCUGUGCGAAAGAAAUCCUACUCCAGUCUCCAUGUUCAAACCAGAAAUCUUCAAAGUAGGAAGUGAAUUGAAUGUUAAAAUUUCCUGUGUCAACUCUCCGUCUGAGUUUUGGUGCCAGCUUCAGAGCAAGUUGUAUAAGUUGACUAAAUUAAUGGAGAUGCUCCAGCAGUAUUAUGAAGUGCAUGCAGACCCUUUACAGUCCAGUGAGCUGGCCUGUGUUGUAAAGUGUUCAGAAAGUGGCAAGUGGUAUAGAGGUUUUAUCGUCAAGAGAGAGCGCAGGGAAGUGGAUGUUUUUCUGGUUGAUUUUGGCAAUAUACUGAGAGAGAAGAAGCGAAAUGUCCGUGCAAUAAGCCAAAACUUCCUUGAACUUGAAGGACAAGCAUUUAGGUGUAGUCUUUACAACCUAAUCGAAUCUAUAGAUGACAAUCCUAAUGAUUGGUGUGAAGAUGCAAUCAAAUUACUGAGGAACUUCACUCGGCAGCAUUCUCCAGAGCUCAAGUGCAUUAUAUAUGCUCAGCAGUAUGUAAAGGGGAAGGGUUUUUGUAAUGUUGUGGAUAUUCAGACACCUUUUCAGAAAGCUACACAGUUGCUCAUAGAGAGAGGUUUUGCAAGAGGAAUGUCAACCUCAAAGCAGCUUAUUGAAUCAGUUCAUCCGCAUUCUUUCUUUUAUUCUUCAUUUGACAUAAAAAUUGGAAGUGAAGAGCUUGUUUAUGUCACUCAUGUACGCAGUCCUUGGGAGAUCUACUGCCAGUUAGACAGAAAUACAGAACUCAUUGAUGGGCUAAUGGAAAAAAUUAAAAGAAUAAACAAGACAUCUGAUCAGAAUGCUGGUUUAGGAAGGCUUUGUCUGGCGAAGUAUCCUGGGGAUGGUCUGUGGUAUAGGGGCUUGUGCUUUGCAGUGAAGUCACAUUUCUAUGUUGGUGUCUUUUAUGUGGAUUAUGGAGACAUGCAGGUUGUUGAUAAGAGAAAUGUUCUGCCUAUUCCUCCAGAUGCUACAGAUUUACUGUUUGAGCCCAUGCAGACACUACAGUUCUGCCUUUCCGACAUACCCAAAGGUGAAAUACUUUCAGAAGUGAAUGCAUGGCUUGAGAAGCAUGUUGUAAAUAAACAACUGAAAGUGAUUGUGUUAGCUAAAGAGGAUAAUGGCACCUUUAUUUGUGAACUGUAUGAUGGAAAUGUGCAGAUAAAUGAGAAGGUUAAAAAAUUGAUUGCAUUGCAUGGGUCUCAUGCUACCUUACCUGUGCUUGAUAAAGAGCCUGUUGCAACCAAGUGUGAGACAAGCCACUUUGUCAAAUGCUCAAAAGUGAAGUGGGAACCAAAAACAGAAAACCAGAAGGAUCUUCAACAAGGGACUACAACAAAUCAAGGUUGCCUUCAAAUUUGGCAGUCUGUUGACAAGAAAAUAACAUUUUCAAAGACCCUGAAGGAUUGCCAACGAAGAGAGCCAUGUGUGCAUAAACUGAGAGUAAAGCAAACUACUAAAAAAGUUUCAUGUUUUAAAGAUCCAAAAGUGUGUGAAAAUAUAAAUGGAGAUUUUCAAAUGAAAAUAGUUAAAGUAUUGCCAAAACUUUCUGAUCUCCCUCAGUUGAAAAUAAAACCAGGUUUUAAGGGCAUAGCAUUUGUGUCGCAUAUUAAUGCAGAUUCUAACUUCUACAUACAAAUGGAAAAGGAUGAGCAAGCUAUUCUGAAUAUAGUGGAGGAGCUUAAUGCUGUUCUGUACAAAGCAAAUCAAGAGAAUUUCAUUUAUGAAGAGGUGAAUAUUGACGACCUGGUAGCAGUUAAAUUUGAAGAAGAUGGUUCGUUCUACCGCUCUGUUGUAAAAGAAAGGACAGGUGAUGGUUGUCUGCAAGUGGAGUUUAUUGACUACGGAAAUACAGCAAAGGUGGAGAAGACAAAUAUGCUCAGACUUCCUGACAAAUGUUUGACUCAGCGAAGACUAAGUAUCCCUUGCUUUCUAGAAACAUCUCAUACCUUAGGUGAUGGUGUCAGUUUUAGAAAUAAAGUAGCUGAUAGACCUCUAUUAGUUGAGUUUGUUCAAAUGUUUGGAUCACAGUGGGAGAUUAUAAUUAAGAUAAAGGGUGAAAUGGAAGCAUGUGUUUCACCGCACUUUGACAGCACUUUAAAUUCAGAAGGUACUGAUUCUGGGUGGUUUGAAUCUUACCCUCAUAAUGAAAGAGCUGUAAUGAACCAUGAGUACAGAGAAGAAACUGCAGAACCUCAGGAGUCUUUAAGAGACAUCCAGGUAUCUAAAGAUGACAAAACAGUGAAGUUGAUGCAAAAUGUGAAGAUUCCAUUUCAGGACAUUAAGCCUGGUCAGACAGAAGAUGGAACUAUCCUGUCAGUUUUGGAUAGUGAAAUGAUCUGUGUUGGGCUUGCUAAGAACUCGGAACAGCUUACUUGGCUUGAUCUUACCAUUGGAGAAAAUACAAAGAAGAAUAACUCUUCUCUUCCUGUACAAGAUCUAGAGGAAGGACUUGAAUGUUUAGCAAAGUCUAAAGAAAAUAAGUGGUACAGAGCAGAAGUUCAAAACCUGUGUAUUGAGAAGGAAGAAGUGCUUGUUUUCUUUUUUGAUCAUGGUAUAUCAGAAGUGGUUUCUGUGUGCAACAUUAAAGAGCUCCGUAAUGACCUUAAAAGUAUUCCCCGGCUGGCUGUUUUAUGUAAGUUAAGUGCUCAGGAAUCUCACAAAGCAUUACGUAAUGCUUUGAAGUCUUUAAUGGGUCAGGAUAUUAAACUUGUAUUUAUCUCUUUCUCUGGGCUUUCUCCCUUCUGGGUAGUUGAUGUUUUAUUUACCCAACAGCUUGAAGCAGCAACUAAAGAGGAAAGGCCAUCUCUUUCCUAUUCCGAUGUUGUUUUAGAAGAUGAUCAUACUGUGGAUAACUUUGAUCCUGAUCAGAGGCUCUUUUUGUCUUCUGUCAAAACAGAUGUUGCAUACUUUGGAUUUGCAGCAGCUGUCACUGAUCCUAGUGAUUUUUACAUUACUCUGGAAGAUUUGUUUUUUACAAUGACCAGGGUUUCCUCAAUACUGGAGGACCUUCCGGAAGAGCUGCCUGCAUUGCCAGAAACCCAUUUAAAUCCCGGUUCAUGCUGUGUAGUCAAAUCUGAAACAAAGAAUAAAUGGUGCAGAGGAGAGAUCCUUAAAGUGGACAAUAAAUCUGUGCUGAUUUUACUUGUAGAUUAUGGUCAUUGUAUAGAGAUACCUUGCACAAGUGCGAAUAAACUGAAAAGACUCCCAGAAGAACUGACAAGUUUGCCAAAGGUGACAUAUCCCUGUAUUCUUAGAGGGGUUAAUCCUGCUGGUGUGGAACACUGGACAGAUGAAGCUGCAGUAUUCUUCCAGGCAUGCAUGUCUGCGAGAAAUCUUGUGAUUUAUUUUAGACAGUGUGUGUUUGAAAAUCUGUGGGAAGUAGAUAUCCUGUCAAAUGGUGUGAAUAUAGCUAAGGAAUUGGUUGAAGCUGGACAUGCCGCUUACAUUGACUGUAUCCUUGGACUCAGAUUGCAGCAGGAGAUAUGUCCUGAGUCUGCUUUGGAUGCUUCACCAAAGACAUCUAGCUUAAUAUGUGGAAGCGUCAGGCACUCACUUUCGCUUACACAAAAGAAAAGCAACAAUGUAUACCCCAAACUAGAGAGCUACGGCAGAGCUGAUGACUCCGAGCAGCCUAGAAUUCAACUUCAGCCAAGACGCUUUCAAGAUCCGCAGUCAGAAGAGAGAGGGAGAAGCUCACCGAAGUGAUGCCAUUGUCCAAGCAGGCUGAAGUGAUGUGGAUUCUAGGAUGCAGAAAUGAAGAUCUGGGAGAUUAUUACAAGACAAUCGGCUACUAAAAGUUUCAUUUCUAACCUCACUAGUUUGGGUUGGCAGUGUAAAUGAAUUGCUGAACGUUUGCUCAAUAUUUAUGACAUGUUUGUGAUUUUAGGAAUUGCCUAAAGUUUUUGUUUUAAGGUGUGUACUUUGACAAUGAAAACCUGCAUUCGUCUUAUUCUGAUGUGUGAUAUGGUCAAGGCAUAGAUACUUUGUCCACUACUGUGGAAACUUCUUUAGAUAGUAGAACAGACAACAAUUUCUUACAAAUGUAUUUGUAUAAGUUGUAUCAUUUUAUAUAGUUGAUGUCCAAGCUUUGUAAUUAUUUCAUCACAGAUUAAAUGUAAUGGUGAUUUCUUUCCACUUAAGUAUUUUACAUGGGGAAAAAUGCAUAUAUUUUGCCUUAAAAUCAUCCCUUAUUUGCCAAAAACACUGGAAAUGUGUCCAAAAAAUGUUUUCUGAUGGUGGGAAAUACCCACUUCCUUAAUCUCAUAAUUUAAUGACAUCUUGAAAUGGCAGGUUGUGUUCAGACGUUUCCUCCUGCUCUAUUCACAAUGUGCUUUAAAUAAGAAUAGAUUAAGUAGGACUUCUACAGUGCAAAGUGUAGACUAAAAGUGUAAAGAUUGAGUACUAAUUAUUAUUUUCAAUUUUCAGUAUUUCAGAUCUUGGUUUGCAUAAUUAAUAUACUCAAAAAUCAUAUGUAGUCUUCAUCUCCAGCUAUGAAGGUUUCAGUCUUUCAUAGAUUUUAUAGAUUAUAUUUAUGAUUUCCUUUUAGAUAAGUGUUGCCAUAUUGUUCUAGUUCUUGUACUGAAAAAUGUACUUGGUAAUGUUUUGGUUUUGUGCCAAGAAUCUUUGAAUCUUUGAUGUGCAUUAUGAGCUUUGAAUGAAAAUUUCAAUCAAAAAGUUGAAUACAAGUUAUUUUGAUUUUUGAAUUAUAGAAUAUUCUCUUGGUUGAUUUAAUUAAUACUGUGCCUUUGACUUGUUACAGCUGUAAAACCUUUUUCAAAACUAUGUGGUCUGAGUGUGACUAUUGAUCUUUAUGUGACAUUUACUGGUCUUCAUUACAGACAUGAAUUUUUUAGAAUUAUACUAUAAACUUUGAAACAUUUAAAUCAAGGUAUAUAUUAAGCAAUGCAUGUACCUUUUAUCCAAUAAAAUAUGUUAAUGUAGGAAUAACAUACACUCUUCAACGCCCUGAAUUGCUGAAUUGAUAUUAUUUUUAAUUGGUCACAGAUGUGGAUCACAUUUGCUUUUUUGUUCUUUCACCUCCCUGCCCUCCCCAUCGUGAACUAACAUUUUCUAGUAAAUAUUUGUCAAACCUUGAAUAGACCACAUACCUCAGUACUGGGAUGUGUACUUCAUUAAUGCGUGAAUAAGUAAAUAACUUGAACUAAUUAUAGAUGCAUCUGUUAUGAGGAAUAUCCUUAUAGUGGUGUGUAAGCAAGGUGUAAUGUUAAGUUAACCAGUUUAAAGUUCCUGCUCUUAGUUACUUAGUUCACAGUUGGUGUGUUCACUAGGACUGGGUUAGAAGUUAGGGGUGACUCAACUCCAGUCCUUAACUGGAUAGGCUGUAUGCUGGUAAUGCAGAACAUUUCAGUUGUGUCUGUGACUGUUUUUGUUUAUACCGUGCAUAAAUGUUUUGUUUAACACCUCAUUUGAAUAAAAAUAAAUUUAACUGGCUGUUUUAGCCUUUCAUUAUAAUUAGUUUUGAUCUGGGUCCUAAAACUAUUUCUAUAUGUUUGUAUAUACAGUAUGGGAACUUUACUGUGCAGAAUCAGUUUGACCUUGUUCUUUUUGUUGGGUUAAAAAAAAUGGAGCUUUUAACUCUACUUAUGGAAGUUGAGUUGUUGCUUAGAUUUACUGUUUUUUGGAAUUCUUCAAA